GAGAAGUCUGAGCUGAGGGGCGGCACGUGAAGGCGGCGCGGCGGAGGAGAGAAAAGGGCACAGGAGCAAACCGUGUGUUCAGCCGCUCGCUGUUUGGCGCCAACCGCGCGUACAGAGAAAUAAAACAGUCAAAAAUCCUCAUUUUUAUUCCUCCCGGCAGAUUCGUCCUCGGCCCCUGCCGCUGCCUCAGCCGCCGCUCGGCGCGUUAGCCUGCUAGCAUCGGCCGCGCACACCACCUCCCGUUGUCAUAUUAAUGUGACUGUGGCCCCCUCGUCUCUGUGGCCACGAUACUAAUAACUCAGCAGCGGCGGAGCGCGGGGACAAUAGAGGCGUGUUUCUCCUGGGGGAGCCGAGCAGACACAGCGCCAAAAAUGGGGAGGAAGUCCAACAGAGCAAAGGAGAAGAAGGCCCGGCGUCAGGAGGAGAGGGCGGCUAUGGAUGCUGUCUGUGCUAAGGUGGAAGCUGCCAAUAAGCUGGAUGAUCCACUGGCUGCCUUCCCAGCUUUCAAAAAAUACGACAGAAACGGGCUGAACCUGCAGAUAGAGUGUAAGCGGGUGUCCACCCUCAAUCCCCUGUCUGUGGAGUGGGCCUUCGAACUCACCAGAGCCAACAUGCAGACACUGUACGAGCAGAGCGAGUGGGGGUGGAAGGAGAGGGAAAAGAGGGAUGAGAUGAACGACGAGAGGGCGUGGUACCUGCUGGCCCGUGACGGCGACUCCGCCCCUGUGGCCUUCUCUCACUUCCGAUUCGAUGUGGAGUGCGGGGAGGAGGUUUUAUAUUGCUAUGAGGUGCAGUUAGAGAGCAGAGUGCGGAGGAAAGGACUCGGCAAGUUCCUCAUCCAGAUACUACAGCUCAUCGCUAACAGUACACAGAUGAAGAAAGUGAUGUUGACAGUUUUCAAACACAACCACGGGGCUUACCAGUUCUUCAGAGAUGCUUUACAGUUUGAGAUCGACGAAACUUCGCCGAGCAUGUCCGGUUGCUGUGGCGACGACUGCUCUUACGAGAUCCUGAGCCGGCGGACCAAACACGGCGAGGCAUCGGCGGGACACACCCACGGGGGGGGCCACUGCGGUGGCUGCUGCCACUGAUUCGACUCCAGUUACACCUUUUCUGAUUGGUUUAAAAAGCCAGCAACUUUCAUGGCUGUGUGUGAAAGCUUGAGCUGCCUGCUAUUCUGCAAACAUUGAGUUUGAACGGUCAUCUCUACGGCCGUUUAAAAUGAACAGAUGGUGGAAUACCUGGCUACAGAUGUUGAUGUCGCAUUGAGAUUCACGUGUCUCUUUGUUUCCCGCUACAAAGGCAGAAUGCAGUGUGAGCUUUCACACAUAGCUCCUGUUUGUCGUUUCCUACUUCUUGGUUCAAUGUCCAAGUCAUCUUUUCUCAUUCCCUUCUCCCACUUAAUGAUUAUCAGUAGUUCCCAGUCAAGAAAAAGGCCUUUUGCUGACAUUAUUUUACCAGCCACACUCAACCUCAUGCCAUCUUUCUCUCAUCUCCUAAGCCGUUUUCAGACAUGACCUGCAUAUAAAAUCCAGAGAAUUGGCUACAAAGUUUACCCGCAGUUUUCCUUUCACACAUGUACAACACAGCGGGAUGUUCUCUGCACAGACGCGUUCACAACAGCAACAAAUCCUCCACGUUAUUCAGGCGAGAGUAAGAGCAGCCGGGUGCAGCAGACAGGCAGGAAGUGACGUAUUAACUCUGCUGCGGAGAUCACAUGGUUUUCACACACCAAUGUCGACUAUUAUCAUCACAAACUCUCCAGACAUAUUUGUCAAGUUUCUUCAACGUAUAUGACACCACGUUUUCACCGUGAUAUAUAGGUUUUCUUUGUCUAUUUCAUUUUUGCGUUUGUCGCUUGUUACAAGCGUCAUCAACCCGCUCACGGUGAAUCCAGCAGGAGAUCCCCUGCUGUGUUCUUACAUCCUCUUUUAACGGACAGUAUACUAGGAGGCCAGGCAGAUAAAGUCCACAGAAAGUGCAGAGCGUCUCACUCGGUCUUUUGCGUUCACAUUUUCACCUCCUCUGGACAACAUACGGAGGAACUGCAGGGUUCAGUGCAUGUCUGAAAGCAGCUCAAAUGUACUAUACUGUAUCAAAUCCUUCUGCAGUGCUGCUUUAUCCAAAGUGGUACAUUUAAGUAAGUUGAUCAUGCUUCAACUUGAGUGACCAUGAAUACUCAGCAGGUUAAAAUCGGACUUUUUAAAAUUUCCUUGGGAUCUCAUACAAAGGCUCGGAACUUGUUUCCCACAGGAUUAUUUUGAAUGUACUCGAGUUAAUAUCCCCUAAUUGACCCCUUGAAAACCGUCUCAGAAGCCUCUGUUAUAUUCUAACCUGAAUUAUAUGCUAAUGUGGUUUCUUAAAUUUUAUUUUAGCUAAAGCACAUUUGCCCACAAUGCUACUAUUACAUGGUUACACUACCUAAAUUGCAUGAGCCAGCUUCUCUCUUUGGGUGAUAACUAAAUGUAUAGACGUCUCCCUAGCUUUUAUUUUUUUAUAACUUAUGAGACAAGAUGUUCAAGAUUGCCUUUUUUUUUGUCACGACUUCUUUCUCCCAAUGACUUGAGUAAAAAAAAAAACAUUCAUUUUUCAUCAUUUGUUGCGGUAAAUUUGCAUCCAACCCACAAAGUAAAUAAUGCUUUAACCUCUCAUAUUUUAUAAUCAGAGGACAUGAGUUGAAACGUUUACUUUUUCCCCUCCAUCUUUUCCUGGGAGAUUCACUUCCUGUUGCCACAUUUUCCCAUACUUCAGUUCUGUUAAAAACAAUACCAUCCUCCUCUACUUUCUCCUCUUCAUUGUGCCUCUCUGUUCUCCCUCCCAUGUCCUAAAGGUGCUAAUGGAUGAUGGCAGACGUGUUAAGGUUGCUCUCAUCUUGAGUCACCUUUUGUACAGUUGCAUUUCUCCUAUUUGCCUCUUAGUUUGCUUUGUUUCCAAGAGGUACUAAUGAUAAACAAGUUGAUGCUACUUUUAGCUGUAUUUAAAAAAACAAAAAAAAAGGAAAAAAAACUACUAAAACCAUCUUCCAUCCCUUAUAUAUUUUGUUAGCAUGAGCGAAUCAUAUUGCUUUAACAUGGAUGAGAAUCGCUAGAUGUCACCACUUCAUUAAAUGGAAGGGGAUGAAUGCUGUUUUCCUUGGAGGAAGGAGCACAGAUGGAUGAGUGGACGGGGGAUAGAAGUAAUCGCAGAGCACUGAAACCGUUCUUAUGGUCAUUAUUCUUCUCUUUACCUCAGUCGUGACGCGUUUUCCCAGCCCACUGUCAUUAGCUUGCAUGACAAGAUUUACAAAAGUUAAACAAAACUGAUAGUUAACAUGGAUUACACCACAGUGAUGCUGCCUCUGAAGGUCAGCUUCACUGUUUAAACCUGCACCUAAAGUCCUCAUGUGGUUCUGUAGCAUUACUUCAAUGUUUCAUACAAAUCUGUGCAUGUUAGACGUAUGUGAAAGGGCUGAUUGUGUGAAAUUGAAAGGUAAUGCUUGGGUUUGAGCAUCUACGCGUUGAGUGGAGUUUUACUGUACAGCUGCCAAGAUGCGUGUAGGAGUUCCACUGAGGAUUUUAGAUUCACUAGUCAACCUAGAAAGGCUGCUGUAACCACUUCCACCUUGUCGAUUCCAUAUCUGUUUACAGAACCUUCAGGGUAUUUUUGGACAGUUUCAAGCGCCUGUCAGCUGGGUUGAAGGCCCCGAUUUUAAAAAGAAAUCCAUCAAUUCCAGGACUGUAGUCGGUUUGUGAGGACUUUGUGUGUGGGCUGGAAGAGUGAAAAGAUGCUUCUUUACACUACUGUGGAUGCGAAUAUUCAUCUGUCUGAUGUGGCUGAGAGAGCCUUAACUAGGUACGGUUUGAAAUGUUUUUAAAACUGGUCCAAUCAUUGACCCCUCGAGAUUUCAUACAGAUUAUUGCCUGGUUAGUAUGUUGAAAACGAAACUAAAAUAAUACGUUGCGCGUCAACAAAAAUGUUAUUAAGAACAAAAACCCUUGUGAAUGAUCGAGUCUGGAACCUGAGGUGAACGUUUUUUGCUUGUUUCCAAACCUGAUGGAGACAAUAAAAUAUUCAUAUAAAAAAUAUUCUGCACCUGUAGACAACAUGUUGGUGUUUCCUGCUUGUUUGAACUCUGAUCAUGAGCAAGAAAAAACAAUCAAACAAUAUAUUGCUUGUUUUUGUUUUAGACUGCCUUCUGAUAAGUACAGUAAUUAAUUUUUUUUGUACCGCAUAGGUUACAGUAAAAAAAAAAAAGAUGUUGUACAUAGUGGUAGUUUAUAACCGACUGACAGUCUCUCUCAGGUUAAUCAAAUGUAAUCAAACCUCAUCUGUUUUACUUAAACAGCCAUGUUGUCAGUUUGGUGUUUGCUCGAUUGAAUUGGCCGCAGCUCGGACCCAGAGUCAAUUUAUUUGUGUCAUACCAUAUUUAAAUGAAUUUCCGAUUUGUAAAACUGUAUCAAACUUUACUAAGAAAAGAAUAACUUCUUUUCAGGAGUUGAUUAUAGUUCUUGCGUAACGUGAUGCAGUAAAAGAAAAAGUUGUUCACCUUGGAGAUGUGAAAUGGCUUAAAGGAAAUAUGACACAAAGUUUGAACUGAACCUGGAUCCGUGCUCAGUGGUUUCAUUCAGUCCAGAUAAGUGGGCUGUGUUAAAAACAAAAAAAAAAGAUGGCUCGCUUGAACCAGAAAUACAUUUGUGAAAAUAUCCUAACUUGAUAAAUGAGCCUAAACUUUGCGAGUUUAUUUCAAAGUCACUGAGAAGUUUUAUUUUGGAAAAUGGUUACAUACCCUCACAAAAUUAGAGAUCUAUCUACUGGUCUUUUCUCUGUGUGUGUGUGUAUGUGUGUAUAUAUAUAUAUAUAUAUAUAUAUAUAUAUAUACAUAUAUAUAAGCUGUUGUGAAUCCAUAUUCAUUUUCAUUUCUUGGCCUUUUACAAGUAAAACACUUUUUUAAACAUGUUUAAAAAUACAAAAAACCUUCCAUGAUUGAGAGUGAGUGUUUAAAAAGUCUUGUCCAUAAUGAAAGGGAAAAGUAAGUCAUUCUGCCUUGUCAGUGUUUUAUUUGUAUGUUACAAAUAAAGGAAAGUUGUUUGACUUUUCAA